UUUUUUAGCUUUAUAUACUGGUUUCAUAUUUCCAAUUCAGUUUGGUCCCAAUAUGUCUUCAUAUUCGUCAGAUAUAUUCCAUGAACUAUCUGAAUAUACAGCACCAUCUUGGAUCGGAGAUUUGAAAAUUCUACCAAAACGACAAGUUACGCUUGCGGUGAAACCGACUCCAAUCCACCGGUGGAAUAUUACUGAAAUUCCAGAAGAUUAUACGAUUUAUAUAAAACGAGAUGAUCUAACAGGAUGCUCUUUGAGUGGAAGCAAGGUUAGAAAGCUUGAGUUUCUUCUUGCUGAUGCGAUGGUCAAAGGUUACAAAUCUGUGAUAACAGGUGGUACAACACAAUCUAAUCAUUCUCGUGCUACCCUUGUCGCUGCUAGACAAUUGGGUCUCGACUGUCAUCUAGUGCUUCGUUCAAGGGAAGAAAUCGGCGAGUCAUACAGUACAUCAGGAAAUUUUAUGAUGAUGGAAGCUGGUAGUCCGAAUAUAUACAUUUUACCAUGGCAACCGUUCACGACAGAGACAUUUGAAAAUUAUAUCAAGCACUUGGCAAAAUAUAUCGGAGAGACUACCAAAAGUAUACCGUAUCAUAUUCCAUGUGGGGGCGACAACGAGCUCGCCAUAUUUGGUUACAUCAGCGCUUGGGAAGAAUUGAUGAAACAGAAAGUUCACGAACGUUAUGACGAUAUUGUUUUUGCCAAUGGAACUUCGGGGACUGCUAUUGGUCUUGGAAUCGGAAACUAUCUUACCGGAAGUAAACUCAAGAUUCACCCCGUCCUGACUUCAAGCACCAUAGAAUUAGUUCAAGACAAAAUGGACAAGACAUUGUGUCGUUUCGGUUUAGAUGUUAAAUCCAAAGAUCUUUUUGAUAUCAUUGACGGUUAUAUCGGCGGAGGAUACAAUGUCUACACGAAGAAAGAUGUUAUAAUUAAUCAGUCGACUAUAAGAACAACUGGAAUAUACUGUGAUCCUGUGUACGUAGGAAAAGCUCUUAAAGGUCUCAAAACAGAGCUUAGGAUCAAUCCAGGUCGCUUUAAAGGAAAGCGGAUUUUAUUCAUCCACACAGGAGGAACAUUUGGAAUGAUGGAAAAAGACAUUGCAAAAAUAAUCCAUACUAACGAAUCAACCAAGAGAAUCAAACAAUGGUGCGAUGUUUUUCCAACUUUCAUCAAUACGGAGUCAGUCGACUGUUUACGAACCAAAUAAAUUGCACAAAACUAAAUGAUUCAGAGAAUAUCUAGAAUACUUUUACAGGAUAAUUAUCAAAUGUAGUAAUCGUGGUACAAAUUCCACAUAUGUGUAAAAGUGUAAAAAUGUAACUAGUUGAUUUUAACUGUUUCUUUCAUAUAUCAAUGACAGGGGAUUUCGCAUAAGCUGCGAAUUCCUGUAGUAGACGAUCUUCACGCGAAACUGCCAGAAAAUUCCUAAAAGCCAUGAAAUUCGUGUUAUUCGCACUACUCUGCCAUUGACAGCCUGUCCAAAAAUGAACUCAUAUAUAUCUACAUUAUAGUAAACAUUUCAAACAGUACACCAAACAUAUACUGUCUGUUCAUUUAAGAAAAAAUAAGCAGCGUCAACAAAACCCGGUCAUGGGAUUGAGUGCGCUCGCAUAUUAUCAUUAUAUAUGUUGCGAUUGAUGAGUACGCGGCAAGUGUAAAAAAGACAGUCCCACGCAAAGCGAAAAGUGU